AUGCUCCGUGCCCCGAACGCACCCGCCGCGCUCGCCGCCGCGGCCGCACUACUAGCCGCGCUCGUAGCGUGUGAGGAAAAAUGUAUAGACUGGGAAGGGAAAUCGGUGGCUCACGGCCUCCUGUACGUGCCGGGGCCCGGGGUCUGUUCCCUAUGCGUCUGCUACCACACCAAGCCCAUGUGGUGCAAGGCUAUCUACUGUGACCCGCCUUAUUUCUGUGAUAAGUUCCGAGUCGGUGAACGAUGCUGCGAGUUCGAGUGCCUGGACCCGCCGGGGACAAACGACCGGUACAUGGAGCGACAAAGACUUCGAGCGCUCAUCCUUGCGGGGAACUCGUCCGCGCCACACGUCGCCCCCUCCAUCGAGCUAAAAGCAGGAAUCUCCCUACUGGCCGUCGCCGUCGCCAGACUAGUAUGAAAUACGACUGACAAAUAGUAAUUGAAAUUUACCACUGAGCUGUGCUCAUUUAGAAAAAGAUGUGACUAUAAUUGUGAUUUUGAAUACCUACCGACUUCAUUCACGCAUUAUUCAAUUUUAAUAAUUCAAUUAGUUAUUGAAUCAAUACCUACCUCUUUCAAAUAUGCAGUGAUUAACUUAAAUGUCGUUGCUACGGUAACGAGCAGCCACACGGCCUUAAUUUCAACUAAUCCUUUUCGCAUUAGGUAGGCCCAAUGCCCGUUAUAGCGGAGAAGAAUAUUACCACAUUUUUGUUUAAAUAAAUUAUAGUUAUGGAUUUUUUUAUACUUAUCAAUUAAGUUUUUGAGAUCUUCAUGAAGAAAAUUAAGUCCCAUAUGUAAACUUAUAUAUAAAGAGUAAGUACAAUCUGUAAAAGUUUCUGUAAAGCAGUCCAGUCCACUUAAUAAUAUUUUUGAGUCCUGGAUCAAGAAAUAGAAGGGUCCAACAAUUGAGAUUGUGAAGAUUAGGGAUCUAGAGACUGCUGUAGUAGGCUGUAAGAAUUCAGCAACCUACAUUUUUAAAUUUAAUAAUUAUAUGCUUACCUUAUAAAAUAUUAUUAAGUAUUUAAAAAGCCAAGAGGUCUUCAUUAAGGCAUAAUAAGACCUUAUUGACUAGCUAAAAGGAUAAUUUAUUUUAUACAUUUUCUGUGCCUUUCUGUCAAAAAAAAUCUUAAUUUUUCAGUCACAUAGUUACUUACUUAUCAUCAGUUUUCUGCUAAACAAAACCUAUGGUAAAUUUGAUGGUACUUACUCGUUUAUAAUUUUAAAAAAAGUACCACUUAUUCACUUAAUUUGUGCCAUACAUUUUUGGCGCCAAACAUUAAAUAAAAAUGUAACGGCGCCAUACCAAAUGUAGAAUUUAUUCAUCGCCGAUGAAAAAUAUAAAUUUUGGACCAAUUUUAAGUAAACAAACAUAUAUGGAGUCUGUGUUGUUUCCGUAUGUUUUUAUAUUUUCUUGGACUUAUGUACCAAUUCAGUUACAAAUUAUCUUAAUCUUUAUGACCCCGAGAGCUAGGAGUAAAACUCAUUCGUAGAAUAUAAGUACUGCUAGUACGUAACUACGUUUUACAUCCCAUUACAUACCUAGUCAACUAAUUGUUUAGUAAAAAAAGCAACGAACACGUAAAUUGUCUUAUUUACUGACAAAAAACUUUCUUUCAAAAACCAGCAUCCAAUGAUCGUGAAACAACAUUAGGUACUACUAGUAGAUACAUAGUACUUGCACACACGUUCAAAAAGCACCAUGAUUAAAAAUAAUUAUACGGACGUUUUCGUUUCUUUUGUAAAUAGGGUUAGAUAGAUUUAGUAUUGCCCAAUGCGAAACUAAUUCUCUGAUAAACACUUUUUAUUAAUUUAAGUUAGUAGGUAUUUUCCUGCCCUUUAGUUAGUCAACUAGACAAAAAGAUUUCGUCUUUUACUGAAGUAGAAUCAUUAUUUUCAAUAAAGUGCCUGAGAAUACCCUAAUUCCAAAAAGAAAUAAUAUCUGAUUUAGAAAAAGUAGGUACCUAUUUCACGUCACUCAUCACUGUUGGAAAUUCUCGGAAUUACUCAAAUCUCGACUUUUACCCGUUUCAUUUCUUCAAUCGAUCACUUUGCUAGGCUUGCGAUUAGCACUGGUAUUCUAGCCUAUCUAGCUCUGCAAGUAAUAAGUAGCUCAUAAAUAAAGAUCUAAUUACUUCACGUAGAUAGUAACUUCCUUCGAAUUGUAGCUUUAAACAUCAUAUCAUCAAUAUAGUGAAAGUAUGUAAUAUUAAUGAAAUUUACUCAAGUAAUUUUAAAGAAAUUUACAAGCUGGUAUUUGCAAUGGCGUUUCUUUUCGAAUGUUGACCGCUGAAGAAUCAAUCAGUACCUAAAAUAAUUACACGGCGUCCUUAAUUUCAAAAUAAUACCUACUUACCAUGGGCAAGUUUCUUUACUUAGGUUAGGUACCUACCUUUUUUUGGUUUUGAUUUGCGAGUUCUGUUUAAGAGGUUUAAGGUAACAAUUAUGUUCUGAGAUUUUUUUAAUAUAAAUAAACUUAUAAGUAGUUUUACAAUGUAAAAACUCUUAAUAACAAUUCGUGCGCAAUUUACUAUUAGCAACACGCGACUUCUACCUGGUUGCGUGAUUUUAAAAAUAAAUUCCUCUAUUUGUUUUUAAAUGAUAUAGUGACAAAUGUGACAAUAAUUAAACCCCAUUGCGAAUACACAGCGUAACUGCUGUGACAUAUUAAAUUUAUUAUAUUAUUCAUAUAUGUAUUAUUGUUCAAUAAGUUAAUCGAAUCUUAAGCAAUCAACCGAUAGACAAGAAAUAACACUUUAGAUAGGAAAAUGUUUUGAGUAAGCAUUUGCUGGUUAAUUUCUACAUAUAGACACGUCUAUAUCUCUUGCUGUGUAGACAGUGCCAACAGUCUUGAAAAGUUUAAAAACCUGUCAUAUUAUAUUUAAGGUCGAAAAAUAGUUUGAACAAAAAUUCUUGAAAAAUGAGUAGGUAGGUAUCCUGUUUCAUCACAUAAAUAUAAAAUUAAGAGAAGACACAUUAGAUGAAAUCGUCAACUUUCCAUCAUAGCUAAUUCUUAAUUUUUUUCUUAUUACCUAUGUGAAUAAAAGUUAUACUUCACGAAGUAAAGGAUUAUGCGGCUGUUAUGUUUGUGUUAAUUUACUUCAAUUAAAGAACUUAAAAAAUUUAUACCUACUCAAACGGAAAAGAUAUUGUUCUAAUAAGCAAGUACCUACUUAAUUAUAUCAUAUACUAUUUAUAUUUUAUAAACUAUGUGAUAAUUGAGACCCAAACUAAACACAAAUUUGCAUUGAUUUCUCUGAAAAUAUAACAAAUGCUUGGUUUCUUUAAAUAAAAUAUUAUUGAACCUUCAUAAUAUACCUACUUGCACACAAUAUUCAAAAUAACUACACAAUAUAAAAAUAAUUAACUUUAAAGGUUUGUGAUAUUUUGCUGGUUGUUAUAUUUUGCCAAUAUAAAUAAGAUGGACAGCUUUAAGGCUUAAAAUUAAGGCAAUUUGACUAUAAAUCAAUAAAAGUGUAAAUCUUGAAUUAUGUGAAACCCAUUAAUUCGCUUUUUUUUGCCAAAAUGGAAGCCUUUGAAA